AUGCUCGAAGUCGAUGGAAUACUUUUCCAGCUCGACCUCUAUGUUACCUGCCAGGGAAGACCAUGGGGCGAGGCCUGCGGAACUUACAGGCGAGAGAUCUUCCGCCGGGACUACCAAGAAGAUGACGCAGAGAAGCAGGUGACUUUGCUUUACCGUCUGCAUGAAGGGAUCGUCGAGCAGCAAAUCCAACGCAUGCGGGACGUCGAGCCUUCCGUGGGCGAAACGCUGCUGGAGCUCAAUGUCAUGGGUGUCAUGCUGAAGAAAUGUCUCACACGCGGUGACAACUUCGUUGCCAGCAGCGAAUACGACAUGUGGAGAAGUUGCUUUAUCAAGCUGAUCCGUUGGAAGUAUGAUGCCCAAUUUGGGUUGUAG